AUGGAAGAUUUUAAUGAAGAAGAGGAGGAUUUCACCGCUUUGCAGAUUGAACAAAAUCGAAAGCAGAAAAAAGCGGGAGGUUGGCAAACUCUUGGCUUAGAUCAUGCGGUUUAUAAAGCAAUCGAGAAGAAAGGCUUCAAACAGCCAACUCCGAUUCAAAGAAAAACAAUUCCUUGUAUUAUGGAUGGAAAAGAUGUUGUUGCAAUGUCUCGAACUGGUUCUGGAAAAACUGCGGCUUUUGUUAUCCCAAUGUUGCAAAGGUUAAAGAGACGAGAUACAAAGGGAAUCCGAGCACUGAUGAUUUCACCAACAAGAGAAUUAGCUCUUCAAACAUUCAAAAUUGUGAAAGAAUUGGGAAAAUUCACUGGAUUACGAUGUGCUUGUUUAGUUGGAGGAGAUGCGAUUGAUGAACAAUUUUCGACGAUUCAUGAGAAUCCAGAUAUUCUAUUGGCUACCCCUGGACGUCUUUUACAUGUGAUUGUUGAGAUGGAUUUGAGAUUGAGUUUUGUGCAAUAUGUGGUUUUUGAUGAGGCUGAUCGAUUGUUUGAGAUGGGAUUUCAGGAUCAAUUGACGGAGACAUUGAAGAGAAUUCCGGAAAGUCGACAGACUUUGUUGUUUUCUGCGACGCUGCCGAAAAUGUUGGUUGAUUUUGCGAAGGCUGGAUUGACUGAUCCGAUGUUGGGUGAGAAAACUUGAAAAAUUGGUGUUUGAUGUUUCCUGGACUGAAAAAUCCUUCUGGAGCAGCAUUUUCAGCUCAAAAGCUUAAAAAUCAAUUUUGGAGCUGUGAAUUCACUUUGAGGCCCAAUUUUCAAUCGGAAAUUAUGAAAACUUGGCCCGAAAGGUGUCUCGAGUUCAAAAAUCAGAAUUUUCAUGCAAUUUUGGCUCAAAAACCUUCAGGACUCUUUCUGAACCUUGAUUUAAAGCUAAAAAGAUUGAAAAAAAAUGCUCUUAACACUGGAUUUUCGCCCAAAGAUGUCAAAAUUUCGGAUUCUAUCGCUUUUGUGGUAUGAAAAAUUGAUAUUUCCAAAAAAAUUGUAAGGAAAAAUCAGUUCGGGCUGAGCUUCCAGCUUAGAAUUCUUGAAAGAGGAGUUUUUCACUAUGACAAAUUUUUCUGGAGCUGAAAUUUUCAGCUAAUAAACUUGAAAAUUGGUUUUAUGAGCUUCAAAUUUGUUUCGGGGCUCAAUUUUCAAUUGAAAAUUUGUUUGGAAAAUAUUCCUGGGCUCGAAAAUCUGAAUGUAAAAGAAUUUUCGUCUGAAAAUUCUUCUGAACCGGGCUAUAGGUCUGAAAAUCAAACUUUACAGUCAGAAAUUAAGCUGGACAUGUUUUAAUUUAAAAAAAAAUUAGAAAUUUUUGGUUUUUCAGCCCAGAAAACCUACCGGACCAUUUUUCAGUGGAAAAUUCAGUCAAAAAUAAAUGUUAAACCCAAAACCCUUUAUAAUUUGCAGUCCGCCUUGAUGUCGAUGAAAAAGUGAGUGAAAAACUGUCAAUGGUUUUCUGUAUGUGCCGCCCGGAAGAAAAACUCUUUGCCUUACUUCAUUUAUGUCGCCGAAUGGACCGAGAAAACAAGCAAACAGUCGUAUUUUGUGCCACAAUGAAACACGUCGAAUAUAUUGUUGGAAUCUUGCAUCGAGCUGGAAUUGAUUGCUCAUUUGUAUAUUCACAAUUGGAUGCGACGGCGCGAAAAUUGAAUAUUCAAAAAUUCCACGAAAAACAGAAUAAUAUUCUUGUUGUAACUGAUGUCGCUGCACGAGGUGUUGAUAUUCCCCUCUUGGAUACUGUUAUCAAUCUACAUUUUCCACCAAAAGCCAAACUUUUUGUUCAUCGAGUUGGGCGAGUUGCGAGAGCUGGAAGAACUGGAACUGCCAUUUCUCUUAUUGCUAAUGAUGAAUUACCAUAUCUAACAGAUCUUUUCCUCUUUUUGGGAAAACCUAUCAAUUUUGCAAAGGAUUCGAGUAUUUAUAAUGAAUCGGAAACAUUGAUUGGAAGAGUUCCGGAAAGUAUUGUCAGUUUGGAGACGGAGUUUUUCAAUUCGAUUCAUGAUAAUAAUGAAGAUAUGUUGGAUUUGAGACAAAAAGCGACGAAUGCGAUGAUGAAACAUACGAGAACUCGACCACCACCAUCUGCUGAAUCGGCUAGACGAGUUAAACAGGAUAUUAGGUUGGAUUUUCAUUAAAAUCUUAAAAUUUGAAAAACCUGAAAACCCCUUGAACUUCCUUGCAAAAUUUGUAGUUUUCGAAUUUUUGAAAUUCAAAAUCAAAUAAUUCAAGUGCGCUCUUUCAGACCUAAUUUUGAUUCUGAAAAUUUCCAAAACCCCCUCAAAAAUGACUCAUUUUCUAACCAAAAAUCGAUGAAAAUCUUUUUAAAAAAUUGAGAAAAUUAUGACUCAUAAUCACAUUUUAGUUUUUAUCACCAAAAAUUUUUGUUUUGUUCCAGAAACUUUAUUUUUUCACUGUUUCAAAAAAGUUUUAUUGAAAAAUAUUUUUACAAUUGUUUUGUUUAAAUGAUAUUAUUGUGCAUAUUCAUUUGUAUGAUCCAAACUUUAAAAAUUGUAAGAAAAUCAGAAUAAAAAUUCCAAUUUUCAGUAAUAGUUUUUGGGUCAAUUUUCCAUAAUUCCCAUGUUUUCCUGGUCAAAAAUUCAGUUUUCUAGGGUAUUUUUCACAAUUUUAUUCUCAAAUUUUCCAGAUCCGAAUCCACAGAAUGUGCACCUCAUCCAUUCCUCAAAACCGAAGAUGACAAGCAAUCUGCGAGUAUUUUGAAUCGAAUUGCGAACUACAAAAGUCGUUCAACAAUUUUCGAAAUGAAUAAAUCGACAAAAUCGCAAGCUUUGGCUGUAAUGCAACAAAAACGGAAAGCGCACGAAGGACGCAUUGAAAUUGUGAAUGAGGAAAAGCGCAAACUGAAAGAAGCGGCGGAAAAAGAAAGAGAAGAGGAGAAUGCGGAAAUUGUGAAGAAUGCUGAAAUUCAGGCGAAUGAGGAAGAAUUGGUGGGAUUUUCUGAAAUAAUGAAAUUUCAAAAAAAAAAUUUGAUUUUUUGUUCAAAAAAACCCCUGAAAAUUCAAUUUUCUCGCUGAAAUUCAGAGAUUUUCCAUUAAAAGUUGAUUGUAACCUAAAGCUUGUGUUUUUAACUGAAAAUUCUAGAUUUUUAGGCUGAAAAUGAGAACAUUUUAUUCACCAAACUCUGAUAAGCUUCGAAAAUAAUUUAAAAAAUUUUGAAACAGUGAAAAAAAAUUUUUUUUUGUUGUUGUGAGAAGAAGAAGAUCGAAUUGGAAAAUUUUCGAAAAUAUCUUAUGAAAUUCUUGAAACAGUGAAAAAAUGGGAAAAUUGGAUUGGAAAAAUCAUCAAAAAUUGGAAAAAAUAUUUUUUGAUAAGGAAAAUUCGAAACAGUGAAUUUUAUUUUAGUUGAUCAAAACAGUUUUUUUGAAUUUUGUCAUGUAUUCCUUUUUUCAACAAAUUCAAAUGAUUUUUUGUCAAAAUUUGGUGCGAAAAAAGCCACGUGGCAAUUUUCACAUCAAGAUUUAGCGAAUUUUCGCCUUAAAAAUCCUGAAUUUAAUUUCAGGCUACCGUCUUCUCAACAGUUAUCGGUUCCACAAAACACAACGAAAAAUCCGAAGAGAAAUUGGAGCAAAAAAAGAAAAAAAUUGGCGGGAAAAAGGUGGAUCGAGCUGAACAAAUGAGAUUGGAGCGAAAAAAUCAUUAUGUUCCUUAUACAUCUGCUGAUCAUGUUUCGGAGAGACAAUUGGCACUGGAUAAAGUGGAUUUUGCGAAACAGGCUGAAGGUGCAUCAGUUGAUAUUAUUAUGGAUGAUGAUCGAGGAAUGUAUAAGCAACAACAUGGAAAACGAUGGUGAGAAAAGGGUUUUUGGAUGAACAUUGAAAAUAAAUAAUGAAAAGCUAUCAUUUUUUAAAAUUUCUAACAUGUGAAUUAGUCGAGAAUCUUCAAAACUGCAUCAUUUUAUGUCUAAAAAAUUAUUUAACACAUUUCUGAAUUUCAUAUAAAUUCUUUAUCAAAAAUCGGAAAAAUAGAUUUUUUGAUAAAGAAAAUUUGAAACAGUGAAAUUUAUUCUAGUUGAUCAAAACAGUUUUUUGAAUUUCUCAUGUGUUAUUUUUGAAACAGAUAAAAAUUCGAAUUUUUCGAGACAAAAACUAUUACAGUAUGCCGGGCCCAAAAAAGUCUGGAAAUUUUACCAGUAUGCUGAAAAUCUGAAAAAUUCUGAUCAUUAUGAGAUGAGACCAACUUUGACUGCAAUUUCAAGCAUUGCUCAUAUUAAACUUCAAAUUGGUGCAAUAUUCAGCUUAAUUUUAGGUCAAAAUUUUCGAAAUUAAAAUUUUCAAAAGCCAAAAAAUUAACUGUUUCAAUAUUUUCAUAAUUUCGAGUUUUUGGUUGAAUUUUCAAUUUUUCGUGAAAAACCUUAAUUUUGGGCAACUUAAACUUUAAGGAAAAUUCAACUGAAAAUCUGAAAAUUUCGGAAAAAUCUUAAAAAUUCACGGGAAAUUUGACUGCAAUUUCAAGCAUUGCUCAUAUUAAACUUCAAAUUUCCAGGGAUCGUCGUCUCAAAAAAUACGUCGGCACCUCCGAUGAGCCACAAAACAAAAAAAUCCGAACCGAAGAUGGAACUUGGCUGCCAGCCUCGUAUAAAACUGGAAAAUAUGAAGAAUGGAAACAGAAGCAGAAAAUUGGAUUUGAUAAGAAAAAUCAAGAAGAUGGAGAUGAUCAAGAUCAUGAAAUGGCUCAGAAUUCGAGAAAACGAAAAUGGGGCGCGGCCAAAUCCGGUCCGAAACAUUCCGAACUCAAAAAUCGCGAUCAAAUUCUCAAAGGCCGCCGGAAACAAGAGAAACUUCAAAAUUAUAUGGAUCAUCGACGUGGCGAGAAUAUGAAGAAGAAAAUGGCGCCGAAACGCGGAGGAGGUUCCGGAAGCGGAGGCGGAAAGUUUGCCGCCAAAAAAUCCGGCAAAAAACGCUAGAUAGUUUUUGUUUUGUUGUUAAGUUUUUUGUUAAUUUGUUUUUUUUUGUUGGAAGAAAUUUUAUUGAUUUUUUGUGCUUUUUGAAUUUUGACCGUUAUUUUGAUACGGUAGACAUAUUUUUGAAGUACUGUGGUCCUUAAAGGCACAUGUGGGGAUUUUUAGGAUGAAUCGAAUGAUGCAUAGCUCCACGGACCCGCAAACUUCCAAUUUUCAAGCCAGGAAGGAGAUGGUGAGUUUUUUUUGGGUUUGAGAUGAAAAUUUGACCAAAACAUGGAUUUUGGGCACUAGUAAUGUUAGAAAAAUUAGAUUUCUGAUCCCAUGCAUUUUUUAGCUGCAAAAAACCUGGAAUUUAUGUAAUUUUCAAAAAAAAUCUAGAAAUUAAGACCCAAGAUGACUUGAAAAUUUCACUGUUUCAAAAAAGUUACUUUUUCCAAGUUUUUUGAAAAUCUUCAGUUGAACAAUAAUUUUUUAAAAAAAUUUGCAGUUUCAAAAUUUAGAUUCAUUUUCAAUUUUUCUAAAAUUUAUCAGAUUUUUAAUUAUGCUUUUUUUCAACAAAAAUGGUUUUUUCAAUGAAAAUAUCUACUGUUUCAAAAUUUAGGUAUAAUUUUUAAUUGUAGAAAUUUUUGUUUUGAUUUUCGCUAUAUGAUUUUUGUUAACUCAAAAUAUUCAAAUUUUCUAAGUCAACUUAUUGUCUGUAAUAAAAGCUGAUUGUUUCCAGAAAAAAUUUCACUGUUUCAAAAAAGUUACUUUUUUCAUGUUUUUUGAAAAUUUUCACUUCAAUUUUUGUUGAGAUUGUUGAACAAUAUUUUUUCAAAAAAUUUGCAGUUUCAAAAUUUAGAUUCAUUUUCAAUUUUUCUAAAAUUUAUCAGAUUUUUAAUUAUGCUUUUUUCCACAAAAAUUGUUUUUUUUCUCAUAAAAAUAUCUACUGUUUCAAAAUUUAGGUAUAAUUUUUGAUUGUAGAAAUCUUCUUUAAUCACUCGACAUGUUCAUAUUUUCUACGUCAUAACUCAAUUCUAUAAUAAAAACUGAUCGUUUUUAUUCCGAAAAAUUUCACUGUUUCAAAAAAUAUACACUUUCCAAGUUUUUUGGAAAUUUCCAAUCAGUCCUGGCAACAUGAUAAAAUAUUCGAUAAUAAAAAACCUAAAAAAAAUUUUUCCGAAAAUUCCCGAAUUUUCAGCAACAUCAAAUGCAGCAACAGCAACAACAACAGCAACAAAUCCACCAAAAUGCACCGGGUGGAGCAGCUGCGUUAGUUUUGAAUCGAGUUAAUCAAUUGAUUUCUGGAGGUGAGUUGGUUUUUGAAAGAGUAAAAAUAGAAAAUCUCGAAAAUUCUGAUGAUUUUGACACCAAAUUUGACUGAAAAUAACCCAGGAAAAAAUAGGUUUCAAAAUUUUUUGAAAUUUUGUUUUGGUUGAAUUUUUCUGUUUUGACCAGCGAGAAAUCUAAAAUUUUGCAGCUUAUCAACCACAAGAUUCACCACACGGCAUGUUCGACUCAAAUCUUCUACUAAAUGGCCAACAAAAAUUCGAUUUUUUGCCCCCACAAAAUAAUAUGAUGUCAAAUAAUUCACAGCAAAGAGUAAGCCUUGAAUUUUCGGCCGAAAAAUUAGAAAUUCUCGAAUUUUCAGACGUCGAAAAAGAAAAAAGGAACUGGAGAAGGAAGAAGGCCAACGUUGGAUGCUAAUGUGAGUUUUUGAUGGGGAAAAAUAUUUUUUUGUUAGAAAUUUGAGAAAAUUCUGAAAAAAUAGCUCAAAAAAUGUUUUACGUUCAAUUUCAGCCACAAAAUUUUUGAAACAGUUAAAUUUUUGGUUUACAGAAAAGGUGAUUUAUCAGAAAUUUGAGACAAAUACUUUAUUUUUUAAAUUAUUGAAACAGUGAAAUUUUUCGAUUGAAAAAUUAGUUUUUUUUCACAAAAAAAUCACAAAUUUGUGAGCAAUCUCAAAUUUUUGUUGUUUUUCCAGGGACUUCCCAAAGAGCGCCCAUUUAUUUGCCCGAAACCCGAUUGUCAAAAAAGAUUCUGCCGAAAUGAUCAUCUUCAAAGGCAUAUGAGAAUACAUACUGGACAGAGAUUAUUUCAGGUUGGUUUUGGGCUGAAAUUUUGGAUUUUUGCUGAAAAAAUCAGGUUUUUUCAUCUAAAAAUCCUGUUUUUCACUAUUUUCAACCUGAAAUUCCAAAUUUUUUUUGCAGUGUCGAACUUGUUUGCGAUCUUUUGCCCGUUCUGAUCAUUUGGCAAAACACGAACGAAUUCAUUCGAGCGAUAAACCAUUUGUUUGUUUGACUUGUUUGAGACGAUUUCAUAAGGCGGAUGAGAAGAAAAAACAUGAAGAGGUAAGGAGUAUUUUGGGAGGGAAUUUUGGGGAAAUUUGACUGGAAAUUCAGUUUUCAGCGUGAAAAUCUGAAGAAUUUAACACAGAAAACAUGAUUUUAUAUUUUUAUAUUUUCACUGUUUCAAAAGUUUUUCAAAUAAAAACACCAAAAUAAAUUCAAUGUUUUCUUCAUAAAUGGGACAAAAAAACAAAGAUUUUCAAUGAAAUAAUUUCACAAAAAAAUCUCUUUUUUUUUUCACUGUUUCAAAUUUUUUUAGAGAAUAAUUAUUUAUAAAAUUUUUAUGAUAUGAAUGGGUUUUUACCUGGUAAAAAAUAUUCUUUUUCGAUGUUUUAGCUGUUCAUAUAUGAGACAAAAAAACAAAUAUUUUCACAAAAAAUCUCACUUUUUCACUGUUCCAAAAUUUUUUAGAGAAUAAUUAUUUAUAAAAUCAUUUGAUAUUGUAUGAAAUUUCAUCUUUAAAAAAAUAUUUUUUCGAUUUUGAUCCAAAUUUCCCAAGAAAAUCAGAAAAUUUAACACAGAAAACACGAUUUUUCAUUAUUUUUAUAUUUUCACUGUUUCAAAAGUUUUUCAAAUAAAAACACACCAAAAUAAAUUUGAUGUUCUCUUCAUAUAUGAGAUAAAAAACAGACUUUCCAUGAAAUUCACAUUAAAAAAUCUCAAUUUUUUCACUGUUUCAAAAUUUUUUAGAGAAUAAUUAUUUAUAAAAUCGUUUGAUAUUGUAUGAAAUUUCAUCUAACUUGUAAAAAAAAUUUUCCGAUGUUUUGGCUGAAAUUUGAGUGACAGUCCUAAUUUUCUCAAGAAAAGCAGAAAAUUCAACACAGAAAACACGAUUUUUCAUGGAAAAUUGAAUUUUGAAUUAUUUUUAUAAUUUCACUGUUUCAAAAGUUUUUCAAAUGAAAAAACAUCAAAAUAAAUUUGAUAUUACCGUCAUGUAUGUGAAAAAACAAAGAUUUUCCAUGAAAUAAUUUCACAAAAAAUCUCAAUUUUUCACUGUUUCAAAUGUCUUUAGAGUAUAAAUAUUUAUGAAAUCGUUUGAUAUUGUAUGAAUGUCUUUUUAAAAAAUUAAUUUUCGUUGUUUCGGCUGAAAUUUGACUGCUACUCCAAAUUGUCUCAAGAAAAUUUAACACAGAAAACACGGUUUUUGAUUUUGAUAUUUUCACUGUUUCAAAAGUUUUUCAAAUAAAAACACACCAAAAUAAAUUUGAUGUUUCCUUCAUGUACGAGAAAAAACAAAGAUUUUCCAUGAAAUAAUUUCACAAAAAAUCUAAAUUUUUCACUGUUUCAAAUGUCUUUAGAGAAUAAUUAUUUAUAAAAUCGUUUGAUAUUGUAAGAAUGGAGUUUUCAUCUUUAGAAAAAAUAUUUUUUCGUUGUUUUAGCUGAAAUUUGACAGAAAAUCCAAAUUUCCCAAGAAAAGCAGAAAAUUCAACACAGAAAACACAAUUUUUCAUGGAAAAUUGAAUUUUUCAUUAUUUUUAUAAUUUCACUGUUUCAAAAGUUUUUCAAAUAAAAACACACCAAAAUAAAUUUGAUGGUUCGUUCAUAUAUGACCAAAAAAAAAAGAUUUUCCAUGAAAUAAUUUCACAGAAAAAUCUCAUUUUUUCACUGUUCCAAAAUUUUUUAGAGAAUAAUUAUUUAUAAAAUCGUUUGAUAUUGUAUGAAAUUUCUAACUUGUGAAAUUUAACUUGUAAAAAAUAUUUUUUUCUGAAAAAAUCGCAUUUUUCAAUAUUUUUGUUUUUUUCUCGAAAUUUCAACUGAAAAUUCAAAUUUUCUCAGGAAAAUCAUCAGAAAAUUGAACACAAAAAGGGAUUAUUUUGUGUUUUUAGAAAACCUGAAAAUUCUAGCUGGAAUUCGACUGAAAAUCCAGGCAUUCAAAUCUAGAAACAUUGACACAGCAUUUUUCCAGGAAAAUCUCCCAAAAUUCAAUUUCCUAGAAAAAUUUGUUCCUAAAUUUCUCACUGUUUCAAAAAUAUCAUAAGAUUUAGAGAGAAAAUAUGCAAUCAGUGUCAAUUCUCCCAAAUGUCCCCCAAAAAAUCAAUAAUUUUUGCAGCGUUGCCGAAACAACAAAGAAGAAUCGGCUCAAAAUUCCGACCUGAAUCUAAUCCAUCAAAAUUCUGGUCUCUCAAUGUAUCAACCACAAAUGCUAUCAGCCGCUUCUGCUUCAAUGCUUCCGCAAAACUUCAAAAUUCAUCAUCAGAAUCAACAAGGAACAUCGCAACAUUCAACAAAUCCCCUCGAAAUUCGAUCACUUAUCUCACAAAAUCGCUGA